AUGGUUUGUGUUCCAUGUGUGCUUGUGCCGUUGUUGCUCUUCUUAUGGGGUAUUAUCAAGCCUAUGUUAAACUGGUUCAGGACACCAGUGGAAAAUUCUGAAGACCAAAAUAACGCUGGCGAUGAUCAAGUUUGUUCAUUGCUAUCAUCCUGUCCGUGCAUUAAUAAAAACAUAAAAUCACCUGUGGAUCAAGGAGACAACAAGACAAACAAGAGUGAAACAAUACUUAAAGAACCACUUGAAACAUCCGAUACCAACAAAAAGGACCUUUAA